UUCCCAUCAUCCCACUUUUUGUCUUUGACAUGUUCAUAUUCACUCCUUACUCUGUCCAUCCUUAGUCCGGUUCCACCCGCCCGCUCGCCCGCCCACACCUCCACUUUCAAUCCCCCCCCCACUUACGCCCUGACAUGCCUCAGCAACUGGCGGCAUGCUCGACCUCUCCGUUACCCCCAAGCACGGAAAUGCAGGCGGUCGUUACUUUCCCCACACAGGCCAUCUUGGCGUAAGUCCGGUGGUAGUCCAAGGCAAGGUUGCAACCAAGCUCCCGCCUGUGUGCGAUCCUCUUCUCGUCAAGAGUAUUUCCCUGCGCAUCAAAUGCACCGAGUACCGCACUGGCGGGGCAUUCGAAGGCGACCUGCAAAACACGCUAUGGGAACAAUCGCAAUUACUCCUUGCACCGCCAGACGGCGAAAAGUAUCUUAACGUAGGUGAUUGGGAUCAGCAGUUUAAAAUGGCUAUCCCUAUAGAAGCGGCAACACAAGGGAGGAGUACGAUGUGCAUAAGGGAGUACAAGGUCGUGUGGAGAAUGGAGGUCGUUAUCGAACACAAGCCGAUCCACUAUGUGGGUACAAGUAUCACCAAAGCUUUUGCUCUCAACUUGCAAAAUCAUCAGGCCCCUCCUUUGAGACCUCUUUCCCCUUCACCGUCUUUAUGCAUUGGCUCGGAUGCCUACGUUUCCGAAGCCUGUCUUAACGUCCCGCACGGCGUUUUCGGACCUGGUGACUCGUUUCACGUUGCCUUGCUGAUCAAGCCGGAGAAUCCUACUACUAUGGUAAAGAAGGUCACGGUGGUGCUGGAACGCCUUAUAGAACUGGUUGACUCCAAAUCCGCUAGUCGACGGGAUUCCUUCAACGACCGAUCGCCCUCGAAAAGGCGCCAUGUACACUCUUCUCGAUCUUACUCUCCUACGCAGACUUCGAGGCUCACUUCCAUUCUCCGCAGAAGCCUAUCGCCUCGCCCGCCUUUCCAUCGGCUACAAUCUGAUCCACAUACCUCGGUCGGUCCUUCUGUUCAACACGAGGGCCAAGUCAUUCGUGACAAAAUUACAGAAUCGUCCACUACCGACAUGACUUCGGGAGGGGCGGGAUUUCGAUGUUCUUUACCUAUGUCCCUUCCACGUCGAACAGGCAAAUGGGCUUUAGGCGAAACCCACCAGACCGGCUUGGUAUCAAUGUCUUAUCAGCUCAGAGCCUCAAUCACACUCAAAGGAGUUCGUCGCUCAUCACCCUCCAAGACAUUCAUCCUCCCUACUGCCCCUAUCACCCUCAUUUCCACCUCGACCACAGAGAGAUUAGAUGCAGUUGCAGCGGCUGAACAUAAAAGAAAGAAGCUAGGGUCAUUAGGGAAAGGCCUGUAUCUUCACGGAGAGAAUAGCAGCAUCGUUGAUUCUCGGGAUCCUGUUCACCCCGAAGAGCCUCCUGCAUUGUCAACAGUCAUUGGUGUUGCAACUAACAUUAAACCUAUCCUCUUGCCUCCGGACAAGUCGCAACAUCCACCGUCGCAAUCGAUCUCUUUCAGUUUCCCUUCGCCUUCGCAGCGUUCUCCAACUGUCCGUUCUCUCCCUAUACAAUCCCUUCUCAAUCCGGAAACCUCCAAAUCAUCCUCGAACCAUCAACUCCCAUCACCCCCUCCUACUCGCCAAGGUCCAAGUUCACUUGAUGUAGUCGCGGAUCCGGAGUCUGGAUCUUUGCUUCGGCUGUUUCACGUCCAAGGGUCGGGCCGUCGUAUCUCGACUACAACGUCUGAAGAGGAAGAAGUGCAACCCUCUCGGUCCCGUCAAAAACUGCGUGCAGAACCGCCUACUACCAUUGCAGAGUUUGAGUGGCCAUCUCUACCUUCCCUUGAUACUUUGGGUCUGGGGCUACCUCACGUGCCGGAAGAUCAUCGUCCAAGAUCGCGCCCAAGAACAGCCCCUAUACAUUCUACAUUUGCUAUGUCAAAAAAUGGUGUGCCGCCACCGCUGAGCGGGGCGUUUGGGGGACCAAUGUCUGGAGACCAAUUGGGACAAAGGCCAAUGACAAGUGCGGGAGCAUCAAGAGGCUGGAGGGAGGAAGAGGAUGCAGCGACGUUCGCAUUCGCUUUACCUGAAGACAAGGGGCAUAUAGAUAUGAGAAGAUAAGAUUAGAAGGUUUGGCAGUUAUUAUAUCGUUAUUUCCCCGUCAUUGACAUCAGUUGUUCGUUUCCUAACUCAAAUAGUCUAUAAUCGUGGAUUGUUGACACAAUAUUUUACAUACCCAUUGCUGGUUCUUCAUUGUCCAUAUUUUUACAAUCGCAUUGCUUUCAUCUCACAUUUCAUGAGAAAUUCAUCAUAGUAACGACAGCUCUUAAACCGCU